AUGUCCACCAGACGACUUGAAGACUUUGGCGGCAAUGCCCUCGCCUAUCUUGGCUACCUUUACCUUAAGGUCACUAAGGUCCCAGUAGCCGACUUGAUAUCUCAGCUUGAAGGGCAAGUUGCGGGAUUGCACGGCGUCCAGCCUCGAGUCCCCAGUCACCGCAGUGUUCAAUCGGAAGAGGAUGAAGGUCAGACACAGCGCCAACACGACAGCCGAGUCGGCAACCCGCGUAGGUCGCAGUUCAUCGAGCCUAAGGACUCACCGUCUCUACAUAUCGAGCUCUGGAAUCCAACUACCGAGUACAAGCCCGCUCAAUCAAGCCCGGCGAAUAGAGAGUGGGAGCGGCGAACGGCGACAUUUUUUAACAACCUGCCUGUGUCGGAGGAGCAGUGGUGCCAGAAAAGGCAGACCGCCCAGCUAUAUACUGCAGACGACGUUUUCCGCACAGUUGAUUGCUUGGUGGCAGGCAGCCUAGAUCCGCUGAGGAACGACAAAUGUUCAUCUGCGGAGAAAUCCGCCUUCCUGGUCGCGGCGGGAGAUCAGGGCUCAGUGGAUGCUUUAUCUUCCUCCGCGGAGCGGGCCGCCGCUCUGAUCGCAACGGCGGAACACUCUAAGCACGUCGCACAGUUCUUUUCGCUAGUGUUCAUGGCAGAAUGCCGUGUGGCGUUAUUCAAUGGUUGCUCGGAAACCUCAGUGUACAGCGCAAUACGGAAGUUUGUAGAAGCUAGUGGCGGAAAGUGCAAUGGAGACAAGACGCCUGCCUUGCUUCUCUCGACAACACUAUGGGUCCUCCAAGAACAACAACGGCAGUUCAGGCGCGGACUCCUACAUCGCGGUUUUGAGUUGUUUUUCAAUGAAGGCACGAGUCUUGACUUCUACAUCCGUUGCCCAAAGGAACCCACUUCGAAUGCCCGUUUUACCGCCAAAAUCCCCAUUUGCGAGGUCCCGGACGAGAUCCAAGCUUCUCUUCCACUCUGGCUUCCGUUUAUAGUCGGGAUUCGUAAUAUCAAUCAGUACAGCUACACAACCAUUUGUACCGCACUUGACGUGACUCUCUGGUCUCGGGACGAGGAUUUUCAAAAAUGGCGGGACACUUACCUCUCGAGGACGCUCGUCAUCUGUCAUAUCAAGGUUGAUUGUCCGGAAUCGGAGCUUUCGAGAAAGCUAAAAACGCGUCAACAUCAUGCCAAGAAGAGGAAGAGAUCCCCCGAGCCAAAGAACCGAACGCUUCGGCCGAACUCAAUCCACAGACAGGAGUCGCAAUUCCGAGCUACGGGCGCCGGCCAGCACGGCGAGCCGGUGUUCUCACGGCAUGACACGAGCCUGGCAAUUCGCGAUUCGUCGACUCUUGAAGGAGAAGCGGAGACGGCACCGCACUCCUCCCAGGGA